CAAAAAAACGGAGGAUGCAAAGAGAAGAAGGAUGGGCUGGAAGACGUUGAUCGCGCUGACGCUGGGGCUGGCGGUGGUGUUUGUGACCGCCGGGCAGAUGUUCCUGGCGCAGCAGCACCACCGCAAGCACCAGCACCAGCACCUGGCCUUGCCACACUCGCUGCUGACGGCAGCGGGCAGGAGCCGUGGCGCUGAGGACGGCGCAAGUGGAGCCAACCGCGUGCAUGCACGCAACGGUCGCCCUCACCAGCCACGAUAUCCGUUGUUCCGGCAUCAAAGACACCCGGACCACUCCAACCACCCGCUCCCAACCAACAUGCAGAGGCCAAAGAAGAUCACUCGCGGCCCUUCAUCGCAUCACGACGUCACCAGGCCGUGGUUGACCAUCUUCACCAUCCUCCCCGACCUCUCACCACUCUCAUCAUCGCAAUUCUCUUCACCGACAGCACUGCGGCAUCUGCAAUCGCAAUCCAAGCGAACGCUCCUCGCCCUGCUCAGCUGGGCGGUUCUUGGCGUGGAGAUUAUUGCCUUUGCCAACGAGGACACGUGCCAGGUCGUGCACAUUGCCUUCCAGCAGCGCACGUACUACGGCAUGUUCACCUGCCGCCCCAUCCUCUGCCGUGAACGUGGCGUGCCAACGCUCGACUGCCCCUUCCGUGAUGUCAAAAAGAGGGCAAAGGCGAACACCAUCAUGUAUUCAAACUCGGACGUCGUUUACUUUCCAAACCUCGCCAGCACCGUUCAUCAGAUUGCGGGUGCUUUUGGUGAUGCCUUCUUUGCCGUUGGCAAACGAAUCGAUCUAACCCUUCAGGCUACAUCUAGUUUUGAAGACCACUUUGUUGCAGAGGCAGCCACCUGUAUUGAAAAGAACAAAGAGUGUGUGCAUUUGUUGCAGGCGUGGCAGACCACGUUGCCUGGGGCCCUCAACCACGACAGAAAUGGCAUCGACUUUAUGCUGUUCCCUCGCGACCUGCGCUUCACGGUGCCCAAGUUCAUGGUUGGCCGCAUACAGUGGGACCAGUGGCUGCUGCUCAAGAUGAUUGUGGACCCGCAAGUCACCACCGUCGAGGUGUCACACGUCACGCUGGGGCUGCACAUGCACCACGGCACAUACAAGGCCAGCCACGCAAAGGCCGGCACAGACCACAACGUGGAGCUUGCACAACGUCUACCGCACCAGCGCGUGCACGCAAACGACCACGUGCAGAUGAGGGGCACGGUGUGGCUCGGGCGGCUGGACGAGGUGGAUGUCGUGGCGUUUGCACCCGACACAUGGGAGAGGUGGCAGUGUGAUGCGGGCAUGAAGGGUGAUAUUGAAGGCACACGCACGCGCGCCUUGCCUGAUGGUGCCAACAGCACAGCUGCGAAUGACGAAGAGCAGGCAGCGGUCCAGCGGUCCGCAAAGCUUGCAAUUGAGGACAUUAAUCAGCACCCAAACUUGCUUCGGCUGCCAUCAUGGUACUUUGAAGGCGAGGUGAGCAAGGCGAGUGGUCUCAGGGAAGAUUACAUGACGACGACAGCAGAAACGGAAGAGGCGCAGCAGCUUCGCUUUGUUCCCAACAAGCAGUCACUUGAUUUGUUACUGUUCAAAGCACACAGCAUCCUCCACAGCCAGCGGUUUGUGCUGAUAUAUCCAAUCGAGGACCUUGCCGAGGUCCCAGCGUCGCUGGUGACGGCGUGUCACGCGGACGCCUUCAACCACGACGUGUUGUUUGUGACGCGUGAUCCCUCCGUAUGGCACUGGCUCACCACCCUCCGUCUCCACGUCUGGCACGAACCACCUUCCACGUCCCAAACGGACACGCUAACUGCCGUGACGGCGGUGGUGCUGCAAGCUGUGCAGCUUGGCUACAGCGUUGGUGUUGGUCGCUCACACCACCUCAUCAACACGACACAAAACGCCAUCUUCGACAGCCCAGAUGCCGACGUGCUCAUCGUGCAAAAUGAUGCCCAACAGCCCGUCUUCCUCUUCACGAAAUCACGCCCACGGCUGCACACGCUGUGGCUGCGGCUGCACGGCACGCUGAAGAGCGAGGGGCGAGCACGCGCGAAGGUGACCACGGGCACUCCGAAUGUACUGACGGCCAUCACCAACGCCCUGUUCACAACGGCGCACCUCCUCGGUGCAGAUCCGCCCGAUGUCAGGUCAACACAUGCCGUGGUGGAAUCUCCACAAGAUGGGUGCGGGCUGUCAGCGUUGUUGCGUUCCGCCAAGUUUCAGCACAUUGCCGAUGUGCUUUACGCCUCAUCCGCAGAGCAUGCGCUGGACGCACGCUCCAUGGCUGAGGUGUACAGGGAGCUGUCUGGGCAGGACAUCUGCCAAACCAUCAAUGCCUUCAACACCCACGCACCACACCUCCCCCACUCCCUCUUCAUCGAUCAGCCGCAAGCGGUCGCCGCCAUCCAAAAAUACCCCACCAUCCUGCGCUGCAGAAAUUGAUACGAAGAUAUUAGUAAAUCGUCCCCAUCCGAAGCCAGCUGGUGUUGUUUGUUGUUG